GCCACUCGCUUCCUUGUUUACCGGUCCCCCCCUCCCGUUGCCAAGGCAACAACGCUGGACUCGUUCAGCCAAUGGGAGGAGCAGCCCCCUCCCUGCGGAGACACUUUGCCGACGCCCCGAACUGUCCGUCGACCACUCCGCGAAGGGGCUGCCUGGGGUCGCUUACCUGAUUGGCGGACGGAACCUGCGCCUCGAAUUCUAUUGGUCUCUGGGUUUCCGCCGCGCCUCAUCGCCCUCAUCCUAUUGGUUUAAUUGUGAGGGGCGUGUCAGAUUGUUUGGCUCUAUUGGGUUCCCACUACGCGUCCCCGCCCCUUGGGCGCGCUGCCAUUGGUCGUCCCUGGGUGUGGGCGGUGCCGCGCGUGCGCAGUGCGGCGCGGCGGGCGGGGUAAGAUGGCGGAACUGGGGAAGAAGUACUGCGUGUACUGCCUGGCUGAGGUGAGCUCGCUCCGUUUCCGUUGCACCGAGUGUGCCGACAUUGAGCUCUGCCCAGACUGCUUUUCGGCAGGCGCCGAGAUCGGGCCGCACCGCCGAUGGCACGGCUACCAGCUGGUAGACGGCGGCCGCUUCACCCUCUGGGGGGCCGAGGCCGAGGGCGGCUGGAGCAGCCGGGAGGAGCAGCUGCUGCUGGACGCGAUCGAGCAGUUCGGCUUCGGCAACUGGGAGGAUAUGGCUGCUCAUGUUGGAGCAUCCCGAACUCCCCAGGAAGUGAUGGAACACUAUGUAAGCAUGUAUAUCCAUGGCAACCUUGGAAAAGCCUGCAUCCCUGACACUAUUCCUAACAGAGUGACAGAUCACACUUGUCCCAGUGGUGGCCCACUUUCUCCUAGCCUGACCACACCUCUCCCUCCUUUGGACAUAUCAGUGGCAGAACAGCAGCAAUUGGGGUAUAUGCCACUUCGAGAUGACUACGAGAUUGAGUAUGACCAAGAUGCUGAGACUCUGAUCAGUGGCCUUUCAGUGAACUACGAUGAUGAUGAUGUGGAAAUAGAAUUAAAAAGAGCUCAUGUUGAUAUGUAUGUAAGAAAACUUAAGGAGAGGCAACGACGGAAAAAUAUUGCACGAGAUUAUAAUCUGGUACCUGCCUUUCUUGGGAAGGAAAAAAAGGACAAGGAAAAAGCUCCAAAACGGAAGAUCACAAAAGAAGAAAAGGAGUUGAGGCUAAAACUGAGACCUCUCUAUCAAUUCAUGUCUUGUAAGGAGUUUGAAGACUUCUUUGAGAACAUGCACAAGGAGAGGAUACUUCGAGCAAAAAUUCGAGAACUGCAGCGGUACCGUCGAAAUGGAAUCACCAAAAUGGAAGAGUCGGCAGAAUAUGAGGCAGCUAGACAUAAACGGGAGAAGAGGAAAGAGAAUAAAAAUAUAGCCAGUUCCAAGAGAGGAAAGGAAGAUGGUAAGGAUGGGGAAUUUGCUGCUAUUGAGAAUCUGCCUGGCUUUGAACUCUUAUCAGACAGAGAAAAAGUGCUCUGUAGCUCUCUAAAUUUAAGUCCGGCACGUUAUGUGACUGUGAAAACUAUAAUUAUUAAAGACCAUCUCCAAAAAAGACAAGGUAUUCCCUCAAAAAGUCGCCUUCCCAGUUAUUUGGACAAGGUACUAAAGAAAAGGAUUUUAAACUUCCUAACAGAAAGUGGUUGGAUAUCUAGGGAUGCUUCAUGAAACUUAUCUGAUUUGAAAGCUGAGUCAAUGUGAAUAAAUGGCUCAUCAUGGGCCAAAUGACUCUGUUACUUUCGCUCCCUCCCCAAAGAUAGGAUUUUUCUUGUAAAAUAUGAGUAUUUACAAUCCUCUGUCCAAAAGGAUGCUCUUACAUUGGAUCAUGGAAAAUACCAAACUGUAACUUCUUGUGUGAUCUUAAAGUUAAGUACUUGAAGAUAAAGGAUUUGCCGCUAAAUAUUCAUUGCAGAUGAGGUGGAUCAGAUUUCAUCUUUUUUGGAACGGAUAUGUUCUUACUUUGAUUUAUUCAAAUCCAGUAGCCCAAGGCUAGUUGUUAUACUCUCUGCUGUUGGACAAAAGGGUUAUUAGUGCAACGCUUGUUUUGGGGUGGGAGAUGGAAGCAUUCAUUUGGUGGAGCCUGUCUUGUUUCACUCUCUCUUCAUGGUGCUGGUAGCCAAAUGAAACUUACAAAAAUCCUGAGCUUUGAAGUACAGAACACUUGAAGUGAGCAUUUUUGUGAAUAGUGCUUAGCUUCCAGCACUCUUUACUCAGUAACAAGGACCUGUAUUGUGGUAGAGUGAUUGUGAGCACAAAUAGAAAAUGCAAGAGGAGGUGAGUUAAUAGGAUGGGACAGGGACAUGGAAUAUGGUGGUUAAGUUGCUUCCAGACACUUCCCUCAUGGAGCAGAUUCUUAGACUUAUUUUCACACUGAAUUGCCUCUUAGGCAGAUUACUCCAGGGUCUGUGCUAGCGUAGACCCUUCAGGAAACUCCUGUGGCAGACAGAUAAUUCAGUAGCAACAAAGUUCCCUGCCCCUACUCUGGGCACAGGGGACUUAACUGACCCAGGGAAGUGUAAUGUUCUUCUGAAUCUGGUCAGUUGUUUGUACAUUUUCAUCUAAUACUGAUGUACAAACCACUGACGUAAAAACAUGGGAGCUACUUCAGACUUGCAGCUAAAGUUCCCUGCUCAUUAAAAACAUGAAACUAAAUCAAACCAUUACAGGUUGCCUGUUGCACAUAUUUUGCUUAAAAUACGUUGAGACAAAUUUAUUGCAAAUGGCAGCAAAAAUCUUAAUUUGCUACUUGGUUUACUUCAGUACAAAUCAUGUGAUAUUUCACCGAAAAUGUGACAUACCAACCUCCAUAGGUAGCUUUGGGGGGAAAGGUGUGGGUGGUUGUUUUGCUUUUAAAAGGGCUACAGUCGGAGUUUGGUGCUUGCAACAAGCACCAGUUUCUCUCCCUAACUCGAGCAUACAAAAGAAGUAUCUGAUCAAUAAAACGUUGAUCCUAUGUAUCAGAUUUUUAAUUGAAGCAGGGAAAGAAUCUGAAGAACUAAAGCAGAAUAUGUAUUGUUACAAGUACCUUACCUGAAUAUAGCAAAUUUAAAAAAAAAAUAAUUCGUUAUAGCUGACAUUCUUGCAAAAUGCAGGGAACUAUGUGCUAUGUAGGGUUUUAUGUUUUUUAAUUCCUUGUUUCCUGUGUUCUUGCUGGCUUUCCUUCCUUUAAGCUUCCCUGUUUGGAAAGGUCUUUAACAGUAAGCUAACUUGAUGUGUUUGGAAUGCAGGCACUCUGAAAAUUGGGACUUGAAGAUUUAUUAAGAUAACGAGGAGAAAAAAAUUGUGCAUUCACAAUGUCUUAACACUUUGUUUUGAUAUUUCAUGCAGUGGACAGAGAAGUAAUCACCAAACCAUGUAAUAUUCUUUCAAGCUGCAGAGUGAAUUCUAUACAUGGAAUUCUGCGUGUUCUUAAUUGUCAAUGUAUCCAUCAUUACCAAAACAGUGUUAAUAAUGAGUCCUAAUAAGAAAAGAGUAUUAGUACAAAAACCAGCAUUUCCAAGAGAAUCUAUGGUGCCUUUUUCUUUUGAGCUUGUGGUAUUUUAAGUCUCUUCAGAAAGGCAAGGACUACGUCCCCAGCUGUGUAAUGCUUCGUUUUGUCGUAACUGUAAGUGGCUUAUUGUAAAAUACUUAAAGACAAAACUGUCAGUCCCACUUUUUGCAGUAUAAGUGACUGACAUGUGCUCAACAGCUAUGAGAACCACCUCCACUUGUCGUGUGUAUCCUUUUGUGCAUGCACAAGUUCAUAUACUACAAAUUGUGAUAAGUUUCCAUGCCCUACUUACAUGGAAAGGGGGAAGAUGUUCUCAAGCUGUCUCUUUUCAAGCAUGGUACUGGAUUAGGUGGUGGGUUCUUCUUUUCAGUUUGUAAGCCCUGUUAUCUGGGUGUCAUACUAUCCCCAUACAUUCAGUAUUCUGGAACCUCAGCUGCAUAAAUAACUUUUUUCAUUUAGUAGCUUUUAAAUCUACAUCACUUUUAUAUUUCUAAGGUGCUCUGGCACAACUCUUAGUGGGUUUAAUUGAAGCAAUAUUCUGAAGCCCAUCUGAUGGAUAACUAAAAGAAUCAGACUUCUAGGCACUCAUAAGAUUCAGCUAAAUAUUGCAUAAAUCAGUUCUUCUGCAUUUACACUUUGUCGUUUCUGAAUUCCUUGGCCCUUCCAAAAAUGUUACUUUGGUGCUAGACAUAACUUAUUGAAGAUCUGAAUGAAUGUAAAAUAAAGUAUUUUUAAUGUAUGAAAACCAUGGAUAUCAAUACUUAUUUCAAUCCUGGAAGCAGAUUCAAUAAUGUAAGAGUGUUUAUUACCUUUGAAUGCUAAUCAGGUGGAAAGGGCUUCCCUAGAAGCAAGGUCUCAUGGUCAGCUAUCCUUUUACUUAAAGAUGACUUGUGCUAGAGGAUACUGCUGUUCAGUGUUUUCAUAUGGAAUUGAUUUCUUAGCUUAAACCUGCCUUUUUGUUAUGAGUGAACUCUUUACUUGUGCCAUGCAGUUAUCCUAAUCAAGUAAUUGAAUGAAACUGUACUGCUUUUCUGGGGUGAAGGUUGACUGAGUAAUAUUUCAUAAUAGCUCUCCAAACCAUACCUCUGUGUGUGUGUAUAUCCUUUCUUGUGCUGAAUUAAUCCUAACUUGCAUGUUGCUAAUUUAUGAACUGUUUUUAAACAUACAUGCUAUUUUUGACUCCGUGGAUGCCUCAAAUAGAACAGAUAAGCUACAUUGCUAAGAGCUGAAAUGAGUUUAAACUGUGACAGUCAAGCUUGUGUUUAGAGUACUGACCCUGUACUACAUGCACCGUGAUACCCUCUACUUUAAGUAGGGUUAGGAUACAAUAGCAUAACACUAUACAUCUACUGUGAUCAACCGAGUUCCAGUGAGGCCUUACCCAACCAGCUUUUUUUGUAACAAUGAAACAUUCACCCUCCCUUUACAAAUGUGUACUAAUCAACUUUGAUUUUAGCACCUCUUGCUGCUGGAGGACUUGAACAAGUAUGCUGGAAUUAGGGAAACCCUCCCCAGUUUCCUGUAGCUGUUCAAGGUGCUAGAAUGGUUCUAGUGGACUUGUAUGAAGCAGGGUGCAGGAACGGCUUGGGCCUCAGUUAAACUGAAGCACUUUACCAUUUUUCUUCUGUAGGGCUGGUGUAGCGGUACUAUGUGCCACUCAAUCUCUUUUUAAUACAGUUCUUGCAAGAUGCUUUUGCAUGUAUCCUAAUUACUCUUAAACUAUGGUAACAUAAUACUGCAAAGAAGGAAGACAGCAGCUGCCUGUUCAGGCUUUUUUUUUUUUUUUAAAUAAAACCAAACAAUGCAUUCAUUUGAAGUGUGUUCUGGUGUAGCUGUGCUAUACCUACAACAGCAUCUGCUGCAAUCAUGUAAAAUCUAACUAAGGGGGUCAUUGUGCCCAUACACCUCUUAACAGAUUUCUUCCCAUUGUAUAUAACAGUUUUUACAUUAAUAAAGUCUUUUUCAUUACUGUUA